AUGGACAUCUACUAUAUCGCCUUUGGCGUCUCGCCUCUGGCCCUUCUAUGCAUUGUCACGGCCCUUGCUGACAACUCCAUCUCCGAGGCUCUGUAUCGCCCCCGCGCCCCAAAGUCCAAGUCCGGCUCGGGCAUCCUUGCAAGCCUGUGGCAGCCUCAGUGGCAGGUGCUCAAGAACUCGCUCCCCCGUCCGUCGUACUUUGGCAAUCCCUGGUCGCUCGGCGAGGUGCUUGUGGUUCUGCUGUUGGUCGCCUGCAACCUGGCCUGGAUCUUCGUCCCCAUCAUCAUCGAACUCAUGGACCCAGAGUCAGGGUCAUCGACACCUCUCACGCCCUUGGCCAUCGCUUACAACUGGACCAAGGACAUUUCGCUCUGGGCCGCUUGGGCUGGCCUCUGGGAUGCCGGUCUCUGCAUCCUGUUUGCCAUCCGCGAGAACUUUGUCUCCAAGAAGCUGCUCGGCACCGAGGCUGGCCAGUACCAUCGGACCAUCCGCUUCCACAUUGGCCUCGGCUAUACCAGCUUUCUGCUGAUGACGCUGCACUCGCUGUUCUUCCUGAUCAGCGCCAUCGUCCAGGGCAAGUUUGUCAAGACCAUGCUGCCGUGGUCGUCCAACUACGGCUACUGGAAUUUCGCCGGCCUGGUGUCGUGGGUGGCUCUGGUCGGAAUGGUCGCCACAUCGGUGUACAAGGUCCGUCGCAGCAACUACCGCGUUUUCUACUGGACCCACCAGCUCUAUGUGGUUUUCUUCUUCUUUGCCUUCAUCCACAAGGGCCUCGUCACCACCUAUCCCAUCAUGUUCCCGAUCCUGUACUUUAUCUACGACCGCUUGCGUCCCCGGCUCUUCUUCAAGCGACGCACCAUGGCCCUUGUACAGCGAACUUCGUCGAGCACCAUCAUCAAGCUCGAUAUUCCCAUCGAAGACUCGUGGCGCGGCGCAUCUACGUACGCUCCUGGAGACUGGGUCAACAUCUGCAUCCCCGAGCUCUCGCGCGUCGCCUGGCACGCCUUCAGUGUCGCCUCCUAUUGCCACGACACCCCGGAUCGUCUGACCCUGUACAUCAAAGCCGGUGGCAAGUGGACCAACGCCCUCGGCAAGAUGGUGCAGGAAAACGAGCACAUUACUCUCCCCAUCAAGGUCGACGGCCCCUUUGGCCCUCGCUGCACCUCGUAUCUGCUCCACGAGCGUGUGUUCAUGCUGACGGGCGGCAGCGGCCUGGCUGCUCUCCUGCCGUUCCUCUACCACUACAUGACCGCGGGGCCUGCCUCGGGAAAGGUUCGGCUGAUCUGGACCGUCAAGAAUGAGGCCGAUGUCCUUGCGUUCUCGGGCUUCCUCGUCGACAUGGUUGACGAUGCCUCUCCCCUGGGCAAUCGCGUGCGCCUCGAUCUGCACAUCACCGGCGACAUGAGUCCUGAAUACGCUACCAUCGCCAGAUCGACGACAAAGUACGAGAACGACCUGGCCACCCUCGUCCGCGGCACCCGCGCCACUCUGAACCGCAACACCCUCAAGAUUCCCAGAAAGAAUCUUGCCAAAAAGACCCGCAUGGCUGAUCUGGCACUGGUGCUGAUCAUCUUUAUCUUUGGCAUUGCCGGCUGGUACCUCGGCGUGUUCGUCAACCCCACUGGUCCUGAGCUUGCCCUGUGCUCCUCCAACAACGCCUACAAGCUCGUUGGACUUGAUCACUUUAUCUGCUGGUACUCUCUUCCAGCCGCCAGCCCUGUGCUCUCGGCCUUGUUUGCCGCCGUUGGCGGGUACAUUGCGGCCACGGCCCUCGGCUACUCGCGAAAGAUGAGCAACCGCGUGAGCCGGUUCCUGCUUAACCACGCCAUGGUCCAGAAGCCCAGCGGCGCCUCGGCCACGCUUGCGUCGCUGCAGGCUCGGCGAGAUCUCCUCUAUGCGAUCCUCGCCAAGAUGAACGUCAUUCGCGUGCGCCCCGACAUUGGCCGCUCUCUGCACGAGAUGAACGGCUAUGCACGCGAUCGCAAGCUGCAUGUCGCCGUCAUGGCGGCCGGCCCCGAGCGGUUCAUGCGAACUGUGCAGCACAAGGUCGUCGAUUGCGAUCAUCUCGACUGGUAUCGAGAGUCGUGGAAGGUGUAA